AUGCGGCGUCACGGCAGGGCUGGCGGAGGAACCAAGGCCGUCACGCCCGUCUCCGAUACCGUCUCGUUGAUACACUCAUUCGACUCGGUCACAAAUCCAAAUCGACCUGCACGACCGUCCCCGUUGGCAUCCUCGCAUAUCCAAGCAUUACCCCUGGACUUGAUUGAUCGACUACGUUCCUUUCCCCUGUUCCAAUCCACUCCCGAAUCGUUUCUGGUGGAGGUCGCACAGCAUCUCCGCCCCCAACUCAGUGCGCCGAACGAUUAUAUCCUGACAGAGGGUGACGAGGCCAAGGCGAUAUACUGGUUGGUUCGGGGCGCUGUCUCAGCCACUUCUCGCGAUGGCGAAAGUAUCUAUGCCGAUUUGGAACCGGGCGCGUUCUUUGGCGAGAUUGGGGUCUUGAUGGACCGGCCCCGAACAGCCACCAUCAUCGCUCGAACGCGAUGUCUCCUGGUCGUUCUGUCCAAGGAGGACUUCAGGAACAUUCUUCCCCGAUUUCCAGAGGUGGAGCAAGCGAUACGGGAUGAGGCCCAGGAACGAUUGAUGAUACUGGAGAAGAAGAAGAAGGAAACAUCAACCCCUUCGGCUGACCUCACUAGCCCUGUACGCAGAGGCUCGAAGAGACUAAGAGAUUCGUCUUCUGGGGACCUAUCACCUAUCGAACGUGAAGGCACAUCCUUGAAGGCGGGCAACAAAAAGCGCAAGUCGCCAAGUCCUGGAGUCGGUGUUGCAGACGCUUCGUCAAGCGCGCUGGCGACCGGGUCGGUCAAUGUCCGCCUAUUGCUUAAGGAGUUGCCUCUCUUCUCUAGCCUACCCCCCGACAUACUCCACUUUCUAGGGCUCAAUGCUCAACCACGAUCGUACCCUCCAUUCACGGACAUUAUCCGACAAGACUCCCAGGGACGUGAAAUCUAUUUCAUUGUGCGGGGCGAAGUUGAAGUCCUCACGGAAAGAACGGACGCACAAGACCGCCAUUCUCUAGCAGCUUCUAUCGAGAAUCCACCAUUCGAGGUCAAAGCAAGACUCAAACAAGGGCAAUACUUUGGAGAGGUUGUGAGUCUGUCGCUGGCGCCCCGCAGGACAGCGACGGUACGCUCCGUUACUGCAGUCGAGUGCCUCAUGCUUAGUGGCGAUGUCCUCGCCGAAUUCUGGGACAAGCUUCCCCAAACUGUCCGCCAGCAGGUCGAGAACACGGCCAAGGAGAGACUUCAGUCUGCCUCUGAUGGUGACGUUGUCAUGUCAGAUGCAGGAAGCGCUGAUCAGCCCACCGAUGGGGAGUUCAAAAUCAGAGCUGCUCGGAGACAAUCAAUGCCGCUUUUGACGCUUACAGAGACAGAGUUGGAUAGCCCGCGAGCUCCCGGUGCCAUGGAGGAUCAGAAUGUGCUGAAACCCUCAGAUCCUGACCCUUUUCUGAAUGUUGGCUUGGACAAGGUUCGACUACGCAGCCGGCGCGGGUCCGUCGCCCCAUUGACACCAGACGAAGUGUCUGGGGAGCAACAGCGACAAUCCCCUCCGUCUGGGACUCGUUCGACUAGGUCGUCUCUUCACUCCCUUUCCGACACAUCGACUUUGUCGACAACACAGAAGGCACACCGCGAGUCGCGCGGCGAUAAUGUCGGCAUUCUACCGGAUAAUAUACUCGUGAGGAUUUUCCAACACCUGGAGCUUCACGAACUUAUGCGCCUUCGAGCUGUCUCUCUGCAUUGGUCUGAGAUUCUUACCAAAUCCUCUGAACUCGUUCGUUAUCUUGAUCUGAGCAUAUACAAUCGCAAACUUAGCGAUGAUGUUUUGGUCAAAAUAAUCUGCCCUUUUGUUGGGGAACGACCUCGCCACGUCAAUAUCAGUAAUUGUUUCCACAUCACCGACGAGGGCUUCUCGAAUUUAGCCGCUACAUGCGGCGCUAACGUCGUCAGUUGGAAGAUGAAAAGUGUCUGGGAUGUUACUGCAACUGCCAUUCUUGAGAUGACUGGCAAGGCGACUGGUCUACAGGAGGUUGAUUUGAGUAAUUGUAGAAAAGUCGGGGACACGCUGCUGGCUCGGAUAAUAGGCUGGGUUGCUCCUGGACAACAUAAGCCCAACGGUGAGACUGGAAAGAUGGGCAAAGCAGCUCUGAAGCCCACGAUGCAGACUGAAGCGGGCACUGUAUAUGGCUGUCCGCAAUUGAAGAAAUUAACCUUGUCUUACUGCAAACAUGUCACGGAUCGCUCGAUGCACCAUAUUGCGUCGCACGCUGCCUCCAGAAUCGAGCAGAUGGAUUUGACCCGAUGUACGACCAUCACUGACCAAGGCUUCCAGUACUGGGGAAAUGCCCAAUUUAUCAAUUUGCGCAAACUCACGUUGGCGGACUGCACUUAUCUCACCGACAAUGCCAUUGUUUACCUAACCAACGCAGCCAAACAGCUACAAGAACUGGAUUUGUUGACCUAUCUCAACAUGUCGUUCUGCGGGUCCGCGAUCUCGGACCCUUCCUUGCGCAGCAUUGGACUCCACCUCCUAAAUCUCAAACGGCUAUCAGUCCGUGGCUGCGUCCGGGUCACUGGCGUGGGCGUUGAAGCGGUCGCAGAGGGCUGCAAUCAGCUGGAGUCGUUUGAUGUCAGUCAGUGCAAAAACCUUCUUCCAUGGCUCGAAGACGGCGGGCCCCUCAGAUACAAAGGCAAAAUCGACUUCGAAACCGUUGCGCAGAAUGGGCGAGUGUUUCGAUGA